UCAAAUGUCUUUCGUCUCAAUUUUUCUAUUUUUUUGAAAAUAAAAUAAAAUAUAAGAUUACUCUUCGUUGUUCUCUCAUCGGAAAUAGAGAAAAGGGGGAUUAAGGGUUUAGCCAAUUCUCCGAUUAAGGUUUUUAGGUGUUAAAGCUCUCGACCAUGGUGGGAGCCUCGAUUCUGGAAGAAGGAAAUGGAUCGACUAGCGUUCUCACGAAAAAGAGAAGACUUCGUAUUACAUUUCACUUUCCCGGCGAAGGAGCGAAGAGAGUGGGUACGGAGGCUAAGAAACUCUCAACGAUGAUGCUGGAUCCUGUUGUUCUUGACUGUCCCAUCUGCUUCGAAGCAUUGAAGAUCCCUAUCUUCCAGUGUGAUAAUGGGCAUUUGGCUUGCUCUUCGUGCUGUCCCAAACUGAGUGGUAAAUGCCCUGCUUGUGCUUUGCCUAUCGGCCACAUCCGCUGCAGAGCAAUGGAGAGUGUUCUUGAAUCCAUCUGUGUCCCAUGCCCAAACGCCAAGCAUGGAUGCACCAAGAAUCUAACUUAUGGGAAAGAAUCAAUCCAUGAGAAGGAAUGCAUCUUCUCUCAAUGCUCCUGCCCUGCACCAGACUGCGAUUACACUGGAUUGUACACCAGACUCUACUUUCACUAUAUUUAUUCUAACCACCAGAUGAGAUACAUGGGUACAAGUUUGUUCAGUUGUGGUGAAUCCUUUACCGCCAAGUUUAACAUCAGGGAUAAGAUAUUGGUUAAAGAAGAGUGUCGGAUGACACUAUUGUUUGCAGUGCAGUGUUUUAGAGAGCCUUAUGGUGUGUAUGUAACUGUAAGCUGCAUUGCACCAUCUGCUCCAAGAUUAGGAAAGUUCUCGUAUGAUAUCUCCUACACUGUGGAUGGACACACUAUGAUUUACAAAUCACUAGAGAUGAAGAGGGUUCUUGAAGUGAGCUUUGAAACCCCUAAGGAGAAUUUCAUGUUGAUUCCUCACAGUUCCUUGCGUGGGGAACUGUUGAAGAUGGAGCUUUGCAUUAAGAAGUUGGAAGAGUAAGAAGGUUAGGGUGGGUUUUAUAGAAGAAGGCCAUUUUUUCUGUCGUUAGUAUGUAAGAUCGGAUUAUAUGUAAUUUUGGUACUGAUGAACUAAGAUCAAUGGUUGCUUUACGGCUUAAUUUAAUGAGAAUGUUUCAGCUUAGGCUGGAUAAUGUAGGCUCAAAGCAGAGCUAUUUUGAUAUUUUUGUCUUGUUCUUUUUUUUCCCUCUCGAACAAUUGUUUCUUCUCCUCUCAAAGAUUCUCAAAAAUUGUGAUUGUGUUCUUAUUGUCUCA